AUGAUUGCUCUUCUCUACAUUAGUGGACUGUUAGCAUUGAUACUGACUGCUUCUGCUCUUCUGGAGGAACGCUUCGUUGCUUUUGAGCCCUCCUUCGGAGCUUUAGCUCUUUCGAAUGCAACUAUAUUGUUCGCUACGCACGACUUCGUUGGCAUUGAGGUUGCUGUGAACAGCUUGGUCGAUGACUUUGAGCAGAUCCUGGGUGUCCGCAUCCCUCAAUUCACGGUCACUUCGCAGAACGUGUCAAGGACUAUAUACGACAAUAAUGCGUCUACGGCCAUUAUUAUUGGCAGUGUUAGUCGGAGCUUUCUCAUCCAGGAUAUAGCAAGUGCGGGCAGACUCGAUCUCGCCAAUGUUGAUGAUCAAUGGGAAACCUACCAGACGGCGGUCGUGACAAACCCGCUUCCAGGCCUUGAUCGAGCAUUCGUCAUUGCAGGAAGCGAUUUGCGCGGCGCCAUGUUCGGAGUCUACACUCUGUGCGAGCAAUCUGGGCAAUCCCCAUUCCAUUAUUGGACUGAUACGCCCGCGCACGAGCACGACGAGAUCUAUGCGCUGCCACGAACCACAAUCCAUGGGCCCCCCUCUGUCAGAUACCGAGGUCUCUUCAUCAAUGACGAGGCACCUUCUCUGACUACUUGGUGGUCUCAAGGGAAUAACAAAAAACAUCAGCCAUUGGACGCGGCUUUCUAUACUCACGUCUUUGACAUGAUGCUACGGUUGAAAGCAAACUACAUCUGGCCAGCUAUGUGGAAGAGCAGCAACAAUCCUCCUGGGAACAUUUUCUUUACAGACGAUCCCGAAAAUAUGGCGCUGGCCGAGAAAUAUGGCAUUGUGGUGUCCACAAGCCAUCAUGAGCCAAUGCAGCGAGCAACCAACGAGUGGAAUGUAUCUGAAACAGGCGAAUGGGACUGGAGCAUAAAUAAGGCGAAUGUUACCAGGUUCAUGGAUGCAGGCAUACGAAGAGCAGCGGGCCAGGUCUCCAAUGCCAGCUAUGUCACACUUGGGAUGCGUGGAGCCGGUGAUGGCCCCAUCGAAGGCGACAACGCUACAGAUAUUCUCCGAGAUGUCUUCUCAGCACAGCGGACCAUCAUUCAGAAAUACUACGGUGCAGCUGAUGCCGUGCCACAGCUGUGGACUAUCUACAAAGAAGUAGCAACGUAUUAUGCAGCCGGUCUUGCACCUCCGGAUGACGUUACUCUUAUGUUCACCGAUGAUAACUGGGGCAACAUACAGCGGCUGCCAGUCGACGUCAGUGGCGAAGUGACCAGGAGCGGUGGCAUCGGGGUCUAUUACCACUUAGAGUACGUGGGAGCCCCACGACCACACAAAUGGCAAGAUACAAACCACCUGCCCAAAGUGCUGAAGGAGCUCUCGCAAGCAUAUAUGCGCGGCGCACGGCAGAUAUGGGUGAUCAAUGUGGCCGACAUCAAGCCCAUGGAGCUGCCUUACGGCUUCAUCAUGGACCUUGCCUGGAAUGCAAGUAGCAUUACAUUCGGAAGCCUUCCACGCUAUCUUGAGCUGUGGGCUGCUCGCGAAUUCGGCCCAGCCCUCUCAGUGGACAUCGCUAAGCUGGUCAUGGACUGGAAUCAGUUACUAGGUAUGCGCAAGUUUGAGAUGAUUCGGUCGGACACGUUCUCACUAGAGAACUAUCACGAAGUCGAACGGAUGCUGGCUGCUUGGCAAGACCUGGUCGAUCGUGAGGAUUCGUUGUAUAGAGCAUUGGACAAGGACCGGCAGGCGACAUUCUUUCACUACCUCCACUACCCCAUUCAGUCAGGUAACAUCUACUACAAGGUGACCCUCGGUCAGACUAUGAACGCCCAAUAUGCGAUACAACGCCGCAACACAGCCAAUGCGGUAGCCGAGCGAGUGAUGGACGAUUUCGGACGAGAUUUUGACCUCAUCGAAGAAUACGAUCAGCUGAUGGAUGGGAAAUGGAAGCAUAUUCUCUCGCAACCAAAAUUUGAGUACAGCAGCCCUGUCAAUGACAAAGAGUCAUGGAAGUCUCCUUCUAGAGACGUGCUGUCGAACCUCUCGUAUGUUCAGUUACGCCAGAAUAUGGACGAGAGCAUUGGCAAUCUCGGUAUCCAGAUCGAAAAUACCUACAAUGCUAGGGCAAUGGGUCGCUGGAAUCCUUCAGCGCAUCGGGUAAUGCCGACAGACGGCGAUUCAGACUAUGGAGGCAUGCCUCUGAUGCAGUCCAUGAAUCCGUAUUCAGGCUCCUCCAGGCGUGUGGAUCUCUUCAUGAGAGGCGAUCAUCGCGUACCAGUCAGAUGGUGGCUUGAUGAAUGGGAGCACGACUGGUUGUCCGUGAACCCUGUCUCUGGCAACUUGACACAGCGUCGACCGGAGCAGAUCCUGAAUUUCACCGUCAACUGGCCACAGGUCCCGGCCGGGUUUAAUGAGACAGUGUGCGUACAGAUUCGGUGGGAUGGUGACUACUACUGGGACUAUAUUAGACUCCCCAUUCAGAACCGUCUAGUACCCCCUUCAUUCCGCGGCUUCCCUGAGGUAGACGCCGGUGUAGUCUCCAUCGAAGCGGCUCACUACCAACGCGCUGCACCACAAGCCAUCAACGAUACAAUCUUAGCCAAUCAACCGGAACAGCCAGUAGCAUUUGUCCAAUUCCCAUACCUCGCAACACGCAGCAAUUCAGGGUCGAUUGCCGUCCGCCCUUACCAGGCCAGUCGAGCUCGCAUCAACGAAGGCCCAGCAUCGCAAGGAGGACAGGCCUCGCCAGGCUUUCAAAACACAACCGAAGGCCUACAGCCUCCUUCGGCUCUCCCACCAGCUAACAACAGCAGCAGCACCAACCUCACAGCCAUCAACCCCCCGUCCACCGCCGCCGCCACCACCGCACUCGUACAGUACGACAUCUUCCUCUUCAACUACACCGAAUACCCCGUCAACGCCACCGCCUACGUCACCUCCUGCCUCGACACCGACCCCACACUGCCAAUGUACUACUCCCUCACUGCCGAUGCCCAGCCGCCGAUCUGGACGCGCGUGCUGCCGGAGCCCAGGAUCCCCGGCGACACCCCCGCCGGCUGGAUCGACACGGUGGCGGAUCAGGUUUGGAAACUCAACGUGACGUUGGGGAAUAUGACGGAGGGGCGGCAUGUGUUGACGUGGAGAGUCAAUUCGCCCGAGAUCUAUCUGGAGAAGAUUGUGUUGAACUUGAGGAAAGGAGCGGUGAGGGAGAGUUAUUUGGGCGUGCCGGAGACGACGUUGGUGUAG